GGAAGAAACCCUUAUGAUUAAGGAAAAGUGUCUUUUGGAUAUUUUAUAGCAUAUAUGUUUGCGAUGCAGUAAAAAAGUAUUUUUGAUACAAUAAGUGUUGUGAGAGAAUGUGAUGAAAUAUCUCCAGAGUUUACCAUGCAUUAUCCUUUUUUACUUUGCCUCGUUUGUGCGUUGUCAUAUGAACAGCUAUCAGAGCAGAACCCAGUCAAACCAAAUACAAAUACAAACCAGUGCAAAAUAUGGAAUGAAAUGUUACACAUAUGUGAGGAAUGCAAUGUUGGCUUCCUUGGUAUCAACUGUUCCAUUCCUUGUCGAUAUCCUAGCUAUGGCAGCAAUUGUCAAAGUCAAUGUAACUGUCUUGAAAUUGACUGUCACCAAGCUACUGGGUGUAAAGAUGGUUUGCCGACAACUUCAUCACCAGCUGCAGUGUUGAUAUCCUCCAAGCAAGGACAUUCUCCUAAAUUAUUUACAACAAAUAAAAUAGAAUGUCCAGUAGGGUAUACAGGAAAUCAAUGUGAUAUCCCCUGUCGAUAUCCGUCUUUUGGUUACCUGUGUCAGUUUGCGUGUAAUUGCAGCAAAGAACGGUGCAAUUUCACAAAGGGAUGUGAUGGUAUGAAAGUUUCAGAUUGCUCGGAAAAAAAUAAUGGGAGUGAAUAUGAAAAACUAUGUCAGUAUCCAGCGUUUGGUGUUGGCUGCCAAAGCCAAUGUGACUGCAGUGAAGAAUACUGCGAUCCCUUAAUUGGUUGUAAAGUGACUCCGACGCAUUGUGCCGCUGAUAAACGCAUUAAGCAAAACGAAGCCAUGUUUUACAUUACCAUAGUUCUUGGAGUAUGGGCAGCUGUCCAAUGUGUGAUAUAUUUUUGUCUCUCGUGUGGUUUAGUUUCAUGUGAUUUUUAUAAAAAAAUAUCAUGUUAUUGAAUAAAAUGAUUUAUAUGAAACAUUACACGGACACGAAAGUUAAAUUGUUGGUAUAUCAAUGAAUAAUUUGGUUUUGUACUUUAUUUUCGGAUAGAGUAAAGCAACAUUUUUCAUCGAACAUUCAUAAGAUUUAAAGACAUUUUAAUUGAUUAAAAUAUGUCCUCAACUGCUACAUAACAUGCUUUUCCUGAGUGAUAAAAACUUCUUAAUGUCAAAUUGUUACAAUUAAUGGUAUGAUCCAUGUGAUAUGUAUUAUUCAAAAUGUUUCACCUAUUAUUAAUAAAUGCAAAGAAUAUA